CAUAAGUUAAACAAGUGAAAAAAACGACAAACAAAUUAGUUCUAGAAAAUAAAUUGUGUAUAUAUAUAUGAAUGAAUUAAAAACAGAUUCAUAAACAAUAACAACAAAUCUUUAUAUACAUUCAUUCAUUAAAGAAAUAAAUAAAAAAAAAAAAAAGCCGGAAAGCAGAUGUGAUCUUAUACAUGAACAAAUAGUAAUUCCUACAAAAAACACAAACAAUUUCUUAUUAGAAAAAAGUAGAAAAAAGUGCACUGCCCACCCCACUACAACAAAAUGCAGCAACAUAAAUUUCAUUUGAUAAUACAUCAACAACUACUAAAAUGGCUAAUAAUAGCAUUACUUCUAAUGGGCUCAACAAAUGGAGCUAAAAUAUUGGGCAUAUUUCCACAUGCCAGUGAAAGUCAUUUCGUGGUAAUGAGAACAUUUAUGAUGGAAUUGGCCAAGAAGGAACAUAAUGUUACCCUCUACAGUAGUCAUCGUUUAGAUGAUCGUUUAGACAAUCUAAAAGAAAACAUAAUAGAACCAGAAUUUCCUUUCUGGAAAGAAGUGCAAAAACAGGCGGGUGUUAAGGAUUUGCCAGCGCUUAGUGCCCUAAACAAUGAUAAACUGAAUACCCAUUUAGCAGCUGCUGGUCAGUCACUUAUGGAUUACUUUUUAUCGAAUGUUAAAAUGCAGGAACUAUUAAAAACCCCUGUCGAUGACUUUGACUACGAUAUGAUUAUAGUGGAUCUCUUCUAUUCUGAAGCUCUAUUAGCUUUAGGGCAUUAUUUCAGUGUUCCCGUAAUAGGUGUAGUGAAUACUGACUUUGCCAAUUAUAUGGAACAGAUACAAGAUGUAAUGGUACCCUCGGCUUGUUUACCUUAUGAUUUGAAAGCUUAUGAUAGAAAUUUGGGUUACUGGCAAAGAUUGGCUAAUAUAAAGUCCUGUCUAGCUCGUAGAGAAAGUUUUGUCUAUGAUCAUUAUGGCAGACAGGAAAAAGUUAUUAAAAACAUUUCAAAAGUAAGUUUAACAAAAGCGAUACAUAAAAUUCCAGGUUCCAUGCCCUCAAUAAUGGAUCUACAGGCAAAUCUAGCUUUACUAUUAGUCAACAACUAUUACCCCUUAGCUACGCCAAAACCUUCAAUUCCUAAUAUUAUACCAGUGGGUGGUUUACAUAUUAGAGCUCCCAAAGAACUACCCUGGCAUAUUAGACGUUUCCUCGAUGAAGCUCGUUUUGGUGCCAUAUACAUGCAUUUGGGUGAUGAAAAACUUUGUGCUGAUAUACCCAAAGAAAAACUCGACGUACUUUUCCAUGUCUUGGGUAAACGACAAGAACGCAUAUUAUGGACUUGCCAUGAUGUACAGAAAAUGGAAGGCCUUCCCAAAAAUAUGAUGAUUCAACAUUUAGUACCACAAACUGAUAUUCUAGCUCAUCCCCAUAUACGUUUAUUUAUAAUGAAUGGCGAUAUCAUGGGUUUGCAGGAGAGCAUCAUACGUCAUGUGCCAUUGCUAGGAUUGCCACUUUUCAAGAAUGAAAUGGAAAAUGUAGUGCUGGCUGAGAAGUUACAAAUUGGUGUGCGUGUUGAUUAUACAAAUCUUACCGAAUCUUCCCUAGACUGGGCUUUGGAAACUAUUUUACACAAGGAAUUUUUUGUUCUUAACAUAAGAGAUAUUUCGAAAGUUUUUCGUGAUAGACCAUUAGGUGGUUUAGCCAAUGCCAUGUUUUGGUUAGAUUAUAUUGAUCGCUAUGGCAAUGGUCCUUUAAAAACUCAAGGUCUUGGAAUGCCUUUAAAUGAAUUACAUUUAGCAGACUUAAAAUUUUACAGUUAUCUCAGAUCGUUAGUAGUUCUGGGUGUAUUGAUUGGUUUAUACUAUUUGGGUAUGUUUUUGUGGAAAAAAACGCCAAACAGAUAA